CAGCUGCAGUUUCUUGGCCGCUGUUUUCGGUGAGGGAGCCUAGUGCGCCGAGGAAGAGGAGGAGAAGGGAGGAAGGAGGAGGAGGAGGAAAGCUGCUGCUGUGUGGCGGAGCGGCGGCAGCACCUUUGACGUGCCCGUUCCCCACGUGACGGCCGCUCCAUUGCGGGGAGGGAGCUGAGCUGCCGCCGCUCCGGCAGAGCACGGCAGAGCCGCAGCCUCGGCGGCGGCAGCGGCGCCUCCGCCCGCAGUGCGUGUGUGUGCGUGUGUGAUGAGCGAUCGCCGCGUCCCUCCGCCCGCCGCCGGCUGACACCCACCGCGCGGGGCGCGCCACGAGCAGCGGGAGCAGCCGGGGAGCCGCGGCCAGCGCGCAGUGACCUUGGCCCAGGAGUGCAACAACCAAAAGCGGAUCAAAUUUGUGGGACAUGGCACAAGGAAAUAAUUAUGGGCAAAGCAGCAAUGGGGUGGCUGAUGAGUCCCCAAACAUGCUGGUGUACAGAAAGAUGGAAGAUGUCAUAGCCCGCAUGCAAGAUGAGAAAAAUGGGAUUCCUAUUCGAACAGUGAAAAGUUUUCUUUCCAAGAUUCCCAGUGUCUUUUCUGGUUCAGAUAUUGUUCAAUGGUUAACAAAGAACUUAUCGAUAGAAGACCCAGUUGAAGCUCUGCAUUUGGGAACUCUGAUGGCAGCACAUGGCUAUUUCUUUCCAAUCUCAGACCAUGUUCUAACACUGAAGGAUGAUGGCACCUUUUAUCGAUUCCAGACACCCUAUUUUUGGCCAUCAAAUUGUUGGGAGCCGGAAAACACAGACUAUGCUGUUUACCUCUGCAAGCGGACAAUGCAAAACAAAGCAAGGCUAGAACUAGCAGACUAUGAAGCUGAGAGUUUGGCCAGGCUACAGCGAGCUUUUGCUCGGAAAUGGGAGUUUAUUUUUAUGCAAGCUGAAGCACAAGCAAAGGUUGACAAGAAGAGAGACAAGAUAGAGAGGAAGAUCCUUGACAGUCAGGAGCGAGCAUUCUGGGAUGUGCACCGUCCGGUGCCUGGCUGUGUAAACACUACUGAAGUGGAUAUAAAAAAAUCAUCAAGAAUGAGAAAUCCACAUAAAACAAGAAAGUCUGUCUAUGGCUUACAAAAUGACAUUCGAAGUCACAGCCCUACGCACACGCCAGUGCCAGAGACUAAGCCACCCACAGAAGAUGAACUACACCAAGAGAUUAAGCACUGGCAAAUGCAAUUAGACAGACAUAGAUUAAAAAUGUCAAAAGUUGCAGAGAGUCUACUAGCUUAUACAGAGCAGUAUUUGGAAUAUGAUCCUUUUCUUGUGCCCCCUGAUCCCUCAAACCCUUGGAUAUCAGAUGACACCACUUUCUGGGAACUGGAAGCAAGCAAAGAGCCAGGACAGCAGAGGGUGAAACGAUGGGGAUUUGGCAUGGAUGAAGCUUUGAAAGACCCUGUGGGAAGAGAGCAAUUUCUGAAAUUCUUGGAGUCAGAAUUCAGUUCAGAAAACUUAAGGUUCUGGUUAGCAGUAGAAGACCUGAAGAAGAGGCCAAUCCGUGAAGUUCCUGCUCGCGUCCAAGAAAUCUGGCAAGAAUUUCUUGCUCCAGGUGCACCCAGCGCCAUCAACCUAGAUUCAAAAAGUUAUGACAAAACCACUCAGAAUGUGAAGGAACCUGGGAGAUACACGUUUGAAGAUGCUCAGGAGCACAUUUACAAACUGAUGAAAAGUGAUUCUUAUCCUCGUUUUAUACGAUCCAGUGCCUACCAGGAGCUGCUACAGGCCAAGAAAAAGUUGGAAAACACUCUGGAUCGUCGAACAUCUUUUGAGAAAUUCACACGCAAUGUGGGCAGAAACAUCCCUAUUUUUCCAUGCCAUAAAAACUGUACACCAACACUGAGAGCGAGCACUAACCUGUUAUGAAAAGAGGUAAAGGCUUCCUGUAAUAUGCUUUGAAUCCACUGUAAUCAGGAAGAAAUUUGGAUUCAAUGGGACAAUGUCAGUAAAGGACACUAAAAGUAAAUAAACAGCCACAAAGGAAACUAUCCCAAUGUUUGAAACAAAAACCCCUAUGUUUUGCAUGGUGGUGUUGCCAUAGCAUGUUGCAGUGUGAUUUGUGUGUUGUCUAAACAGGUUGGAUCUAUAAAACAACAUUGUACAUGGUAGCACUAUACAUGAUAAUUCCAUUAUAAUUCAGUUGGAAGUUCCAUAUUAAUAAAAAGUCUGUAGUAGAGAGUGCAUAGAGUGGGUAACACAUACGGACCUCUGCGAGCCAGACUUUUUCCCAGUCACAGUGCCUGGCAAGCUGCAAUGCUACACUUAUUCAUGGCAUUUUGAGCAGCCCAGGGGUCAGGAAUUGGCUAUGGUAAACAUUGUGCAAACAGGUGGCCAUGAGGGGGGAAAUAGCAAGCUGCAGGUAGAGGGGUCGGGAAUACAGCGCAGAAAGGGAAAAAGGGAAGACAAGACUGGGAGAUGCUGAAAUCCCUCCCAGAGCAGCCUUACAGAUAAACCAGCAGUUCUGGGCACAAACAUGGGAGCAUUGUGCCCUGCAGCCAUGCCCGAUUUUCAUCCUGCUAAUCUCAGGGCAGAAGUACCAGAAUCACAGCAUGCCAGAGAUGCAAGGCAGACCCCAUAAAUCAGCUGCAAACUAGAAAUGGAAAAGAGGAUUUCUGGACAUUAGUAGUUUGGUAGAAGAGGGGGAUUUUUUUUUUUUCUUUUUCACAGAGAAAACUCUGAAAUAAAAUCUGUGGUUUUGCUUUUUUCCCAAUUACUACCUGUUAACCUGGGUGGAGUCUGUCAAGUCAGGUGAGGUAUGAAAGAAAAACAUGUCACUGCUAGAUCUAUAAUCUCUAUUAGACUGACAGUUCUGAGGCUUGCAAAUUAAUCCAGAAUAUCAGGAUGCUCAAAUGCAAACCUUUUUUCCAAGAUGACUGAAUUCAUGUCAACCACUUCCUCAGGACCUCUUUCCACCAUACAUCCUUGUUCUUCCACUCUUUUUCUUGGUUGUGAUGAGUUUAUAAUACGUAAUUAUCUAUCUUGGUAGAGUGGUUCCAACCAACAAGGAUGAGGGAAACAUUUCUCAGAAUAUUCUACAGUGUACUGAUUAACUUGAUCAACUGUGAAGUGAGGGACUGUGGAAUAGAUCUGUUCUACUGAUUAAUACAGAAGAUAGGUGUGAAAAGGGUCUUCUACAACCUGGAUAAAUGCUAUCAUAUCUGAUUUAGUGAGGUGAAAAUUACAGUUUCUCUUCUCUGAUGGUUUGCAAUAUUUAGACCAAUUUUCACCGGAUUUUUCCUCAGUUAUAUCAAAUAUAUUUGUAUUACAUCAAUAUGUUUAUAUUAAACUAAAUUAGACCUCAGUUUCUUCCAUUUGAAGUGUUUAAUAAAAACACAGUAACCUUGGCUGUGUCUAGGGACUCAGUCUGAACAGAUGGACUUGUAAUUCAUUAUCUGAUUUGUUGACUCUAGGAGGCUCCUGAUCAAUGUUAAACGAAAUUGGGUUAUACUUGCUACAGAAAGCAUUUGUUAAAGUAGAAACUUUAGAAACUUUGUUGAGGGCAAUUACUCUGUACUAUUUCAUGAAUUACAUGGAAAUAACCUAUUAUAAUGAGUCAUUAUUUUAGUCUGAUGGAGAAAAAAUAGAAUUGGAGCUAUACACUAGGCUCAGCUCUGCAUUGCUUUGACAUUGAAGGGUUUUCUUUCCAGAAGAUUUUCAGUAAGCUGGUGCUGUUCAUGAAAGGUCUAAAUGCUCAGUUUAAAAACUGACUAAUUAGCUGCUCUAGAUUUUAUAGUACAAAAUUACUAAUGCCUUCAGCAGUCUGCAGCAGAAAAUAUGGUUAGCCUUAGAAGCAGGUCUUCAUUCACAUAAAAUAUACAGAAGUAGUAGCAAGCUGGCACUUGCUUUAUGAAAUAUUUAUUACUGAAGACUUUAUAGUUUGAGUAGUAAGUCCAGCUAUCCUUGGUCCGCCUCACCCUCCUGGAUACUGUGUGAAAAUACAGAGCACAGACACUGCAGCAGUACAGGAAUGAAGCCAUCAGAUAAGUGAAUUGUCGUGGAGUAACACAAGCAACCACGUGUGUCACAGCUUUGAGUCAGAGGCAGUGACACAGAGAGCAGUGACACUGCUCUGGGCUCCCCCCUGCCUAGCUCAGCCCCUCAGCUUCCUCUUUGAGACUAAUAAAACUCCAGUCACCUGCAGCUCCCCAAGGGACUAGGGAAGUUAAAGAUCUAAGUGAUGGAGCAGGAGGAUCUCAUUGCAUGCUAAAGCAGUAGAGAGACUGAAAUCAGCAGUUUCUGUGACAUUUAAAAAUUCAAAUUCUUUUGAAGAAUUCACAUAGGGAAAAACUAUUUAAAAAAUUAACAAUUAAAAAUUAAAAAGCUCAGCAAAUUUACCUUAAGUGCUAAUUUCUAAAUUAGAGGGGGGGAAAGUAGGUGAAUAUACGCUGGUAAUGUUGAUUGGGGCAACAGGUUCUUUAAAGAACUAUUUUGUCUAUAAUUUCUCAUGUGCAUGCAGGACUUGUGACAGUGGCAGACUGAGUAGGAUUAGAGCCCCAGCCUGGUGCUUAGCUGUGAUUACUGGUCUGGAAACUUCGAGAAAAAGGGACCUGCUUUACAGGGGGAAUGAGUUAAUUUAAUUUCCACCCCAUGCAAAUUUUAUUGUCCCACCAGGAACUAAGUUAGUGAGGCAAGAAGGGUUAGCCUCCCCCAUUAGAGCUGUGGGGGGAGCCCCUCCAUCCUCAUGCCUUCGUGCCAUGACUCCAGACACCACCAUCAGUGUUAGCAUUUCAUCUGUCACUGCACAGUUAUACAGAACACAAAAAAAAAAGAGAGGUGCUUGUACGUUUGUGAGGUCUUAGGGAAGUACAGCCAGUACACAACAGAACAAGUUCAGUUCAUAUAUUAAAUUAGAAAGCUAUCAAACUAUAAUUAUCUCCACUCACAACCUCAUAACAAGACCCCCCCAAAUUAUUAACAAUUUAAUAAUUCUGAGUUUGAAACCAUUAUAUCUUAUAUUACCUAUAUACUUUCCAGCUGUCUUUUCCCACUUACCUGGAAGAACUUGCUGACCAGAGUCCUUUGAUUUUUUUCCCCCUCCAAACCAGUAACAAUAGACCAUUUCAUGCAUGAGAUUUGAAAUGCAAAGGCCAUUGAGCAGAGCACAUUUUCACCGAGUUUGAAUCCAAUGUCACUUAACAUGACAUUGUGAAUUACUGCCUAGAGAUGGAAAUUAAAACUCAUAAAAGUAGCUUCCUCAGUUCUUAUCAGGGGGUCAUAGACUCUAGAUGUUUAAACAAGUGUAAUCUCUUUUCAUGUUAAAAUCUAUACCUGUUAUGGAGGAACAAAGCACAUAAAUAAUCAAUUUCAUCUGUUAAUCAAGAAAUUUUACUGUAUGAAUAGGUAAAUCUUGUGUGCCCUACUGUGCCACACCAAAUGUCCAUCUGGUCCUGAAAUCCUGCCAAGGGCUAGAUUUUUCUCAAGUAUAGCAUUAUCCAAGAAAUUCAAUGCAGUUUCAGCUCUGGAAUCUCAUUUUGAAUUUACUUACAGAUUAUUCCCAAAAUUUAAACAAAGAACCAGUUAGUCAGAAGAAAUAUAAAUCACAAAGCUACUUAUUUGACAAAUACAAAACAAGAAAGAAAAUAAUAAUUAAUUGUAGAAAUUAAGGCCUUCUCCAUUUCAGGAAGAGAUAUCUUGUUCAUGUUUGAAUAAAAAGAACAAAUAAAUAAUUGAAAUUUCUAUUUUGGCCUACUAAUUAGUAAAAACCCCUAGUUUAAUUAGUUUUUUUAAGAACUAUGCCCACAGAGAAGAAUGAUAAAGGACAUGUCAAUGAGGAAUGGCCUCCUUGUGCUGUUCUGCAGUGACUGGAGCUAAGCUGCUGUGCUCUGUGCUGGAAGAGAGGAGCUUGGGAGUAACACUUACACAACCAGGUUCAUUCAAGUGAGGAGCCAGCAUAGACUGGUCAGGUACUGGGCCAGUGUCUGCCAUUCUCCAGAUGAAAAAAUUUACCUGAUUCUUAGGCUUUUUGCAGGAAUGAGAACUGCAGAGAGGUAUGGAAACUUGAGGAGUCAGGCCCAGGACAAACAUACUAAAAAUAUUUUUCUUGUGCAUCAGUCCCUUGGAAACCUACAUUUCAUAUGGUUAUUAAAAUUCAAACUACCCCAUCUAGCAAGAGGUUUUAGGUUAAUCACAAAUGAGAGCAGCUCAUCAGUAAAUGCAAAGUGCAAAAGGAGAAAGAACUGGAUGUCCCUGGAUUUGGAGUGAGCCAAAACAGGAAAGCAGUUGUUCAGCUGCUGCCUCCUGCUUCAGAUCAUUGCAGGAAACACUAGGGCCCUAAUGAGAAAGGAACAAAAGGCUGCAAAUCUGAGCCAGAGGCAGAAGGAUUUCCCUGCACAUGUAACCACUUAGCACUGCAGCUGUGCUGACAACUUGUUCCCCAAAUUCUGUAAAUACUAGCCUUGUCCCCUUCCUCACACCUGAAAGAGAAAUACACCUGCACAGAUGGCUGACAGCAGCAUCCUGUGCUGCUGUGGGAGCUGAAGCAGAAUACUGAACCCCAGAGCAGUUCUGAAUCAAUUCCCUUGCUGGUAGAGCAAAGGCUGCCUCACCAUGGAAAGGGAUUUACUGCUUCUUCUCCCAUGUCUCUCCAGAUGAAUUCCUGUCAGGGGCUGUUUACCCCCCAGCUCUGUGUGUAGGGCACUGCAAUGUCACUUGGAAGCUUUCCCUGCUGAUGUGGCUGAGCUGACAGUGUGCUGCAGGUGUUUCACACGUGAGCAGAUGGGGAACACUGAGACCAAGGAGGGCUGCUUCUCACUGCACAUCUCAUUUUGCUCACAGUGGGACUCUACCUCUCCUUCCCCAUCAGAUGCAUGGAGUUCUCUUUUCUAGUGCUACCAGUAUAGGUCCUGGGGACUAGCACCUGCACUGGCAAUAAAGAAACAUGAAAUGGGAACAGUUGAGGUUGCUUAGCAGAAAGGAAGAUAAUUAAUCUUCUAAAAGGAAAAUACGUGAUGUUUCUCUACCAUACAUUUCAACUCCAAUGCCUGUAGACAUUUCAUGUUGAUUUCUUUUAAGACACAUAUGUAUGGAGGUUGUUGCUGACUUUUUUCCUGGAUCAUUUGAGGUGUUAGUGUCAUGCUGCAUAAAUGGGUCAGUCAGCACAACUGUAUUUAGCAGCAUCUGUACAUAGCUUUACAAUUUUCCCCCUAAGUUUGUUAGAAGUAAAGCUGAAAUCUCUGUGUCAAGCAAUUAGUAUGUUCAAACAGGGACUGAAUGCUGAGGCCAAUUGAUUUUGUACUUUUAGAUGUACUUGUUCACUCCAGCUGCUGUGCUGCCUUCUUGUACUCUGAUUCCCUUGUCAGGGUAUGUGUGCAGGGUUCCAUUUUGGUAUCUGCAUUAUUAGUAAAAUGCUUAAAUUUUUUCAAUCGUUAUGUCCAAAGUGCACUAAUACAGGCAAAAAAAUCCUAAUAAUCUUUAGAAUUUAGCCAUAUGCUUCUAAAUGUUGAUGGCAAGAAUAUAUUGAAAAUAUUAAGAAUAUCUUUUUCAUUAUUCAGAUAAACAUUUGCUGCUUCUGAUUCACACACACCCCCCCCCUCCCGCCCCAAUUUUCUUUAAUCUCAUUAGCACAGGAAACGUCUUUAUAUGCUACAACUCUGAAAAGUGCCAUGUUCCCAAAUCAAAAUCUGGUUUAUGGAAAUGCUGUUGACAUUGUAUCUGAAAUAGCUAGGCUCAGCUCUUAAAUUAUUACCCACAAUGGCUGAUCCUUACAUCAGUCUGUAAAUUAAGUAAAUAUGGAAAUCUCCUAGAAGCAGUAAUUAUGAAAUUCUACCACAGAGAGCUAAAGUAAAAGUAUACUUGAACAGAGUUUGAAAGGAAUAUUUUGUAAAGUGGAAAAUAACAAGUCCCUGCAGAUCUAAUAAGAAGAUGUGAUAAUUCUGUACCUGGGGCUGUGUAUUAAAAGGUUAUUUUCCUAAUCACAGAACUUAAUAUGAUUCAGAAUAAGUAUUUAAGAAGAUCUCCUAAGGAGGGCGUAUCUUCUAAGCUGUCAUUUUCCCAACUUUGUGACAAAUUAGAACUACUAGAGUGUGGAAAAUGACCAUUUGUUGUUGUUAUUGUUGUUCAGAUGGAGGUUUCUCUGAGGCAGGGGAAGGUUUCUCUGAAGGAGGGGACCAUCCAGAGAGUUCCUGAUCAUUGUAGGGCUUUGGAGAAAAAAUAUCCAAAGAUCAGCAAUAUCCAGGGAGCAAGUUAUGUGGAACACAAUAAAAAUUGUCAUGACAUCUCACUGUGUCUCUAGGGGAAAAUUCAAACAAUAUGUAGAAAAUGAUCACACAAAUCAGAUCAACUAACUACUUUUUGGCCUGAUUUUAUGUCAGGACUUCCUACUUGAUGUGAUAACAUAAUUCAUUCCUGAGAUGCUAGAAUUAGUUUAUGGUCCAUCUAGAAAUUCAGAAAUUUUGAAACUCAUAAAUAGUUGUUGCAAAUAAUAAUAAAAAAUUAUUUAACAGAUUUUAUACCACAACAAGCAUUUAUGCAGCUUUCCAGUGUAGUUUUGAGCAAAUUGUAACUAAUCAAGAACUCCAAGUUUUAAUAUUUUAAUUAAGCAGGUUGUGCAGUUCAGUACUAAAGGGAGCUCAUACAUGUUUACAGAAAGUAGCCAGACUUGUACAUCUGUAAAAUUAAGUGCAAAUAACCUAAUGAAAGGCAAAGAUAAGCAUAUGCUCAAUAUUUUCGGAGAUUAUGUCUAGCACCAAAAGUCCUGAAUUUUCUAACAAAAUUGUCAAACAAAACAUCAAUCUCAGAAAUGCUUUUAAUAUUUUAAAUUGUGUUCCAAGGCCACACUGCUGUUGAGGCUCUUUUGACUAUUUAAAAAGAAAAGAUGUCUUACUAUAACAGCUUACCUGCUGCAUUAGAAGAAAAUAUAAUUUAAAGGUUAGAAAGUAUCAAGAAGCUGUGAAUUUAUUAUACAUAGAAAGUGGCAGAUACAGGGAAGACAGAGCACCAGGAUGGAGACUUUCCAUCUUUCAGAGAAGUAGGUAAUAAUACUGUCAGGUGAUAUGGGGAACCUGAUGGAUGACCAGUCUAACCCAACAGUGCAAAUCAUGAGUUCCCUUUCAAAUUAUGUUGUAGGGGAAAUAUUCAUCCUAAUUUGUUCAACUUGUAUUCCACAGUACAAAGAAUAAAAUAGUUAUUCUUCCUUUUAUGAGAACCCACUCUGAUAUAUUGCAUUUGAGCGAAUGCUCAAGACCAACUUACAGAUCCCUGUGAGCUUAAAUGUAAUUGAUAAUGACAAUAGACAUUAAAUUGUGUAAUUUCACUGAGUUAUAAUACUGCAGAUGGCUUAACAAUUUAUUGUUAUGGCAGAAUAAGUUCAUUUACUGCAGAAAAUUAAGCAUCUUUCCAUAGUUACAGUAUUUUUUUACUGUAUUCUCCUUGAAACCAGUUUGAUAUUUCUGAAUUGGGCACUUAAAAUGAACAAUAUAAUAAAUGUAAGUAUUAAAUAUCUAACUGGUGAGUUAGAGCCAUUUUCUAUUUAAUGUUUUAUGGUAUAUUUGUGUUACAUUGUCAGGGUAUGCCUGUGAUGUCAGCUUGCUGUGCCAGCUCUGCCUCUGUUGGAUCAGAGCCACAGGAGGAUGGCACUUGGAGAGCUUACUCCUUUUAUGUGGCCGUAGGAGAGCUAAUUCCCAUUCUGUGGUUUCUGUCUGGCUCAGAUAAGGCUCAAAUCUGCCUGAAAUAUACCAGAGUGACAUAUCUUACACCAUCUUCUUCACGCUGUAGACCUAGUUCUUGUGGGACAGUCAUUAUACCUUAUUAAAAGAACUUGUUAAACAAUUGAAACCACAUCCUUGCAACAGGAGGAACGAUGAGGAAAACAACAAUAUGGAAAUUAAACACCUUCAAAGCAGUGUUAUGCAGUCACAUGUAAUAUACCUGACCAAUGUUCCUUAUAAAUAGUAAAUAUGGUCUCAAUAAACCUAUAACUGUGUUCAUGGAAAAGCUGCUUUCAUACCUAUAUGCAAUCUGCCUCUUACUUUCUUACCUUAACUCAAAAAUAGCUUUUUUGUCCUCCAUGACAGAGCUACUGCAGUUUGCACAUUCAUCUUUGCAGCACAAUGCACUCCUGCUUGUGGUAGCCUUCAAGUUCUGGGUGUGACUGACAGCAAAAGCUUCAGCAUCAGGUUCUCAUCAGCCAAAACAAAUCUUGUUCAAAAAUGGCCUUUGAAUUUGCUGGCUUGUUCUGUGAAACAAUCUGGCUGGCUGGCAGUGCAGGUGUUUAAGUGUAAGGACUUCCUGUGGUUUAAGAUUUGACAGACUCCAGUUGGUGCCCCUAGUUAUUUGAGAGUGAUGUGGCAACACUGAGUGGUUGCUGAUGAACAGGUUUGCAGUGAUCAUGCCUCUGUUUUCUGUUUUUGUUUUUUGUUUUUAUCUUUUCCUCAGGGGAAAUCGCUCACAUCAAAGAGGUUAACCAGUCUAGUGCAGUCCUACUAAAAGGAUCACCUUGUAGCAUGGAAGCAGACUCAAAUCAUUACACAUACUUUGUAGCUCACUGAUUGCCUGACUCAGAGGACAGUAGAACAAGAUGUUGCAUGAGCAAGGACCUGACUUGUUUUCUUUUGUGUAUACUAAGGCAUUACAGACUCCGAGGGACUCUCUAGCCUUUCGAUGCCUCCAUUUCGAAAACUGUCUGCUCACUUCCUCCUUCAUAUCAAGCUGGAUCUGUGUCUUUUUAUUUUCUGCAAGCUCAAGUACAGUGAAAAAAAAGCUUCUGCUAGGCACAGUUUAUUAAAAAAAUACUUCAAUCAAAAACUGGAAGAAAUGUAAAAAAUUGCAUAUAUUAAUAAAUAUACAUAUGGCAUCACAUUUAUUGCACAAUAAAUUAGCACAGAAGGUUUCAUUUCACUGAUGUAUUCACAUUGAGAAAGAAAGCCUGUGUCUUUGUCUGUUGUCUGUAUAUUCUCUGUUAAUGUUUCUUGCAUUUAUUUUUAUACCAUAUUUAAAAAAAGAACACCUUUUACUCCAGAUGUAUUAAAGUUGAUCCUUUCUCUGUAAAUUUGUGUAUGUUUAUAUUGUUGUUUUAUCUUUCAUUAAAAGAUGCAGAAUCUC